UAUAUAUUUCAUUUUACUUAUAUUAUUAUUAUUAUUAUUAUUAAAUGUCAAUACUUUUACAUUGAUGUUAUUUAUAAUUUAAAAAAAAAGAGUUGCGACUUCCUCCUGUAAUACCUCAGUGCAAUUCUCAGAAAUGAUUUUAAACCGAGAAAUAUGAUUUACACUGUAUUUGCCUUUUAUAAACACUAAUUGAAUUAAUGUUAGAACUUCGUAGAUUGUAUGAAGUCCUUUAAAGUUUUGAUCAGUUAAGGGACAGAACUAAUCCAGAAAAAGGAGACUUGUUUAGUGAUGAUAGAAAAAAUGAAAAAGUUGUACUGUAAUUAAUGCAAGAUUACAAAGUAUGAAGCAGUAAAAGUUCAUGAUAUAAUGGAUUCAAAAAUUUAGCAAAUAAAAAGGAGUAAUUAUCUCAAUGCAUCCAAGUGAAACAGAAGAUAGUAACAUAUCUCCACCAAUUACAAAAUCUGUCUCAAGAAUCUCACAAGAUGAAAAUAUUUCUUGGUAUCAUGGCAAAAUAACUAGAGAUGCUGCAGAACAUAUCCUCAAAAUUAGUGGAGGAGAAGAAGGACAGUUCUUAGUAAGAGAAAGUACAACUUCUCCAGGUGAUUAUGUUUUGAGUCUGAUUCAUGAUGGACAGCCUAUUCAUUAUCAAAUACGUAGGCAUGGAGAAGAUGCUUUUUUCAAUAUAGAUGAGGGACCUAUUAUUCAUGGGUUAGAAGUAUUGAUUAAUCACUAUCAGGAAGAUGCUCAAGGAUUGUCAACAAAACUUAGUAAGAUGUGCAAAGGUCAGCCACCACCUCAUGAUACUAGAAGACAUGGUAGGACAAACCUUUUACAUAGAGCUACUCGUGAGGGUGAUGUCACUGUUGUGGGAGAACUUUUAAAAUCUGGAUAUCAUAAUCUGGAUGCAAAAAAUCAUGAAGGACAAACUGCAGUUCACUUAGCCAGUAUUAUAGGUCAUGAUGAAAUUUUACUUAUGCUUCUGCAGGCAGGAGCUAAUGCAAAUAUUCUGGAUAGUAGUGGAUUGACUCCACUUCAUUAUGCUUGUCAAUUAUGUCUUCCUACAACUGUAAAAACAUUAUUAGAAGAAGGAAAAGCAAAUGUGCAAGCCCGAGCCUCAACUAAUGGUUGGGUUGCAAUGCACGAAGUUGCAAGUAGAGGUUAUCUUGAUAUUAUGAAGAUACUAUUAACAUAUCAUGCUCCUUGUCAUCCUCGUUCAGAUGCUGAUGAAACACCAUAUGAUCUUGCUGAAAGAAAUGGUCAUAUUAAUUGUACUGAUUAUUUAGAUAAUUAUUUUCCUGUAAUACCAAAAACUUCAAGAUCUGAAUGGUUUCACGAGGGAUUAGAUAGAGAAAAAGCUACAAAACUAUUACAAAAGGCUGGAAUGCAAGAUGGACUCUUUUUAGUAAGAAAAAGCACAAGAAAAAUUGGCGUUCAUGUACUGUCAAUGGUUUUCAAUUCUCAUAUAUACAAUUUUGAGAUUAACAAAAAGGAAAAAUUUUAUUUCAUAGAUGAUGGUCCUUAUUUUGAAAGUUUAGAACAUGUUUUGGAUUAUUAUAGCAAAUUAGCUGAUGGUCUUCCUACUCAAUUAUCCAUUCCUCUAAAAUCAGAAAUUCCAAAUUAUCCUGAAGAAAUUGAUAAUAUAGGCCAGAAAACAGCGUCAAAUUAUGAUGGUUAUUCUUGUUUUGCACCAAAUUUAAUACGAAGAGAAUCAUUAAAAAUUGGCUUGCCAAUAGGAGAAGGAGAGUUUGGUUCUGUUUUGAAAGGAAAAUGGACAAAUUUUAAUAAUGUUCAAGUAGAUGUUGCUAUCAAAACACUAAGGGAUGAACAACUUCAAAGUGGACGAGAAGAGUUUAUUCGUGAAGUAGAAGUAAUGGUUGGACUUGACCAUCCAUGUAUUGUGCGAUUAUUGGGAGUAUGUUUAGGUCCACCACUCAUGAUGGUUCAAGAACUGAUACCCAUGGGUUCAGUACUAGAUUAUUUACUUGAUUAUCCAAAUGAAGUUGAGGUAGAUUAUGAUUUGAAAUUAUGGGCUGCUCAAAUUGCACAUGGUAUGAUGUAUCUUGAAAGUAAAAGAUUUGUUCAUAGAGAUUUAGCUGCCAGGAACAUACUUUUAGCAACAAAACAACAGGUAAAUAUAAAGAAUUUUUUUAAGAAAUAUAAAAUAGUUUAAA